UGCAAUGUGCGCGGUGCUCCGCCAGCCCAAAUGCGUCAAGUUGCGAGCCCUACACAGCGCCUGCAAGUUCGGCGUGGCGGCCCGGAGCUGCCAGGAGCUGCUGCGCAAGGGCUGCGUCCGCUUCCAGCUCCCGGUGCCCGGUUCCCGGCUGUGCCUGUACGAAGAUGGCACGGAGGUGAAGGACGACUGCUUCCCGGGCCUUCCCAAGGACGCUGAGCUCCUAUUGCUCACCGCUGGCGAGACCUGGCACGGCUAUGUGAGUGACAUCACACGUUUCCUCAGUGUGUUUAAUGAGCCGCAUGCCGGCGUCAUCCAGGCUGCACGGCAACUGCUGUCAGGUGAGCAGGCCCCACUGAGGCAAAAGCUGCUGGCCGACCUUCUGCAUCAUGUGAGCCAGAACAUCGCUGCAGAGACCCGGGAGCAGGACCCAGCCUGGUUUGAAGGUUUGGAGUCAAGAUUCAGGAAUAAGUCGGGCUACCUGAGAUACAGCUGUGAGAGUCGGAUCCGGGGUUACCUGAGAGAGGUGAGCGCUUACACCUCUAUGGUGGCUGAAGCAGCUGGAGAAGAGUACCUGCGAGUCCUUAGCUCCAUGUGCCAGAAGCUCAAGUCGGUGCAGUACAAUGGCAGCUAUUUCGACAGAGGUGCAGAGGCCAGCCGCCGCCUCUGUACUCCAGAAGGGUGGUUCUCCUGCCAGGGCCCCUUUGACCUGGAAAGCUGUCUUUCCAAGCACUCCAUCAACCCCUAUGGCAACAGAGAGAGCCGGAUCCUCUUCAGUACCUGGAACCUGGAUCAUAUGGUCUCCAGGAAGCGCACCGUGGUACCCACGCUGGCUGAAGCNAUCCAGGAUGGGAGGGAGGUGAACUGGGAGUAUUUCUACAGCCUGCUCUUCACUGCUGAGAACCUGAAGCUGGUGCAUAUCGCCUGCCACAAGAAGACCACACACAAGCUGGAGNGUGACNGCAGUAGGAUCUACNGGCCUCAGACAGGAUCCAGGAGGAAGCAGCCUGCUCAGAAGCGCCCUGCUCGGAAGCGCCCUGCCCGGAAGCUCCAGUGACACAGCCCAGUGUGCAGAGGACAGUCAGU